AUGGAUAUGGAUAGUGAUCCAGAUCCAGCAAUGCCACCGACUGGGACACUUACGCAUCCCAUAAGCAUUUCAAGUGGUUCAUCUUUUGCAGGAUCGCCAUACCAAGGCCCCGAUUCAUGGGCCGAAAGGUGGAACAGCUACAAGUGGGAAUACACCCUUUCUUUUCAUAACUCUCCACCACAUCCUCCAAUGGAGGAACCACACUUUCAGGCGGUAACUCCACCACCAUUGCCAGUUGAGGAACCACCUCAGCAACCACCACAACCACCUCCUGAGCCACCAAGGCAGAGGAGGAACGCACGGAUGUCCGUGCGAGGGGGACCGAGAUUCAGUUCCCCACAAGCUUCAAGUACUUACCCUCCAAUCCCCAAAGAUCCACAAAUGGGUGGACCUUCUCACGUGGUGCCGGAAAUUGAUCCCCCGCCAGUUACCUUUGCACCACCGCCACCGCCAAUGGGUUAUGAAAACCCAAUACCUACUUACCCAGGUUCGUCUGGGUUUAACCCAUUUGUGUAUCAAGCUCCUACUGGUUAUGAAUAUCAAGCUCCUGCCCAUGAUCCAUAUCUUGAGGCAUCUCACUUUAAUGCUCUUUAUCCCUCACCGUUUCCACCAGCAUACCCAACUGGGUAUCCCGUACAAGAGUAUCGAUACGCUUCUUAUCAGCAGCAACCUCAACCUCCACCUCAACAACCGCAAACGCAAUAA